GCCAUCCCAUCCCAUUCCUCCCCAUUGAUCACGCUUUCCCUCCUGCCGCGGAGCAGCAUCUUCGCCCAGAAGCUAACGUCCCAUCGAUCACCUCCUGCCUUGUUUUUUUCUCCACACAGCAGCAGCAGUCACCCCACCGCCGCCUUUGACUCGCAGCGACGACUCCUCGUCCGACACCCCCCCUCCUCCUCCUCGCGGAUGCCGCUUGCUGCUCGCUCGGGCGUUCGCGCGUGAGCGGCUGGGGCGGCCGGGGAGACGGUGCGGCGCGGCGGCAUGGCGGAGAUGGAUUUGGGCGACGUGGUGCUCUCCUGGUCCAUCCGCGACAUCAACGACGACGACCUCUACAGGGACAAGGUUGAGACCAUUCCCUGCAAAUUCAAGUCAGUUGAUCACUAUCUCCAAUCGUAUCGUCUGCCUCUGAUUGAAGAAACGAGGUCAGAUCUGUGCUCAUGCCUUGAACUCAUCAAUGAAGCACCCUCGUCGAAAAUACUUUCCAUGGAGGUAGCAGGAAAAUCAGGAUUAUACUUCAUGGAUGUGGACUUCUGGGACAAUGGUGCUGGUUUUUCCACUGAGACAUAUACGGCAAGGAAUGGUGAUAUAUUCAUUUUGUCUAGCUUGAAACCUGAAUCUGCAGAGGACCUUAACCGCUACGGUGUGACAUAUUGCUUGGCAAUGGUUACUGAGGUUUCUUUGGAUGAUGAAUACCAGAAGGGUUUCAGAGUUAAAGUUGCAAAGGAUAUUGGUUUGGAAGAAGAAGACUUGAGUAAAUUCAGACAUGCAAUAUUUCUCACUAAUAUCAUGACAAAUAUACGUAUAUGGAAAGCACUUUCGUUUGAUACGCACAUGGAUAACAAUUUCACAGUAAUCAAGUCUCUGUUAGCCCCAACAAAUUUGGGUGAUGAUGUAUGUGGUAUCUGUGUUGCACAGGAUGGGAGCUUAUUGCCUUCCUUGACAGAGCAAUUACUAUCAAUCAAACUUAAUCAAUCGCAACUGGACGCUAUUGAAUCUGUGAUCUCAGCUGUACGAUGUAGGCAUAUGAACCUGUUGAAGCUUAUAUGGGGUCCUCCAGGUACUGGAAAGACCAAGACUGUUAGUGCUUUACUAUGGGCUUUGGCGUGUGUGAAAUGCAGAACUCUUACUUGUGCUCCCACUAAUGUCGCUGUCGUUGGAGUUUGCACUCGUUUCCUUCAAAACUUGAAGGAGUUCAAUGAGCACAUUGAUGAAAAUGGUCUACCCUUUUCUCUUGGAGAUGUCUUGCUGUUUGGGAACAAGUAUAACAUGGACAUCACCGAGGAUCUUCAGGAAAUUUUCUUGGAUUUUCGGGUGGACGACCUUGUUGAGUGCUUUUCAUCGUUGUCUGGAUGGAAGUACAGAAUAGCUUCGAUGGUAUCCUUUUUUGAUGACUGUGUGUCACGUUACGAUAUGCUUCUUGAGGAUGAAGGAAAUAGUGAUCCCGUGAGCUUUCUGGACUUCAUAAAGAAACAGUUUGAUGCGACAGCAAUAGCUCUGAAAAGAUGCAUAAUGAAUUUGUGGGUUCACCUUCCUGGAAGGUGCUUUUCUCGUGAUAGUGUCGUAAAUAUAUCUUCCUUGCUUAAUAUGCUGGAAAUUUUUGGGACCCUUCUGUGCAACGUAGACUUGACUGAAGAUUGUUUGAAAAGGGCCCUUGGUUGUCUGUCAAAUGAAAACUCUGUUUGUGUAAAGCCUAUAUCUUCUAUUGAGAAGGAACUGGACGGAGCAAGGUCUUCAUGCCUUAAAUUGCUUAAAGAUCUGCUACACUCGCUUAAUUUACCCACUGGAGUAGACAAAAACUGGGUCCAGAGCUACUGCAUACGUAAUGCCACACUUCUUUUCUGUACUACCUCUAGCUCUUACAGGUUGCAUCACAUGGAGAUUGCACCCCUCGAUGUCUUAAUUGUUGACGAGGCUGCUCAAGUGCGGGAGUGUGAGUUGGUGAUCCCUCUACGUCUGCAUUGGUUGAAGCAUGUUGUUUUGGUUGGAGAUGACUGUCAGCUGAGUGCAAUGGUUAAAAGUCAAGUAUGCAAAGAAGCUGGCUUUGGUACAAGUCUUUUUGGGAGAUUGGUUAUGUUGGGAUUCGAUAAACAUUUGCUGAAUAUACAGUAUCGCAUGAAUCCUAUUAUUAGUUUGUUUCCAAAUGUUCAGUUUUAUGAGAGGAAGAUUUUAGAUGGUUCAAAUGUCCUGUCACCUAGCUAUAACAAGGAUUAUACAUGCUUCCCGUUUGAUAGCUACACUUUUAUAAACCUCACUGAUGGAAGGGAAGACAAAGAAGGCACAGGAAACAGUCGAAGAAACAUGGUUGAAGUUGCUGUUGUUUUGCACCUGAUCCAAACCAUCUUUAAAUGUUGGAAAAGUACGGGCAAAGUGCUCAGCGUCGGUGUGGUCUCUCCAUAUAGUUCUCAAGUUGAUGCAAUUAAAGGUAGACUUGGCAAACAAUAUGACACAUGUGAUGGCUUUCAUGUGCGAGUCAAGUCUAUUGAUGGUUUCCAAGGAGAAGAGGAUGAUAUAAUAAUACUAUCAACAGUUAGAUCCAACGGGAGAGGAGUUGUUGGAUUUCUUGCUGAUAACCAAAGGACAAACGUUGCUCUUACCAGGGCAAAGCACUGUCUUUGGAUUGUUGGUAAUGCUCGUACACUGUACAAAAGUGGAACUGUCUGGACAGACCUUGUUUCUGAUGCUCAAAGACGUAAAUGUGUUUUCAAUGCCACUAAUGACACGGCCUUAUGUAAGUUGGUUUUGCAAGUAAAGCAAGAUCUUGAUGAACUUGAGGAUCUUCUUAAUGCUGAGUCGGCCGUUUUCAGCAAUACCAGAUGGAAGGUCAUUGUUAGCGACGAGUUUAGAAAGUCUUUCACCAAGCUAAAAUCAUCACAGCUCAGGAGAGAAAUACUCCAAAAGCUUGUCAAAGUUGGCGGUGGUUGGAGGACACCAGUUAGGAACUUGGAUGUACCUGGUGUUUCCAAUCUUGCAAAAGUAUACAAGAUCAGGGACCUUUAUCUUAUUUGGAGUACUGACUUGGAGAAAAGUGAAGAAAGGUAUAUCCAGAUAAUAAGAAUUUGGGACCUACUUUCACAACAACAUGUUGCAAGAACCGUUCAACGUCUCGAGAACCUAUUUUCCAUGUACACGGAUGAUUACCUGGAUCACUGCAGAGGAGUGCAGACCCUCGGGAAACUGGAGGUUCCUAUGGUUUGGGAUGUUGAGCAUGAUAUUAUUCACUAUAAGAAGGAUUGCAGAGUUGAUGCCCAGGAAGAGCAUGAUCUAGUGGAUACAUCAUAUACUAUGGAAAAUUCAAAAGUUCGCGAAAGCUUCUUGCUGAUGAAAUUCUACUCGUUAUCAUCUGGAGUGGCAAAACAUUUGCUGACGGCUUCUGAUGGUUCUGAAAUCGAUAUCCCCUUUGAACUAACUGAUGAAGAGAAGGUGAUAAUCCAAUUCCCGGUCACUAGUUUUAUACUUGGGAGGUCAGGCACCGGAAAAACCACUGUAUUGACAAUGAAAUUGAUUCAAAAAGAGCAACAGUCAUUAAUUGCCUCCCAAGGUCUACAUUUGGAUGGAGAUGAUUUGUCAGGGCUUGAUGAAAAAGAUAUUGUGCCACUGAAGGAUGCAGGAGAAGGUUUUGUGAAGCAAGUGUUUAUCACUGUAAGCCCAAAGUUGUGUUCAGCCAUAAAAAAUCACAUUUCUGGACUUAAAAGGUUUGGCUCUGGUGACGUCUCUGAUCAGCCUAGCAUUCUUCACAUGCAUGACAUCAUUGAUGACCAGGAAGAGUUUACAGAUAUACCUGACAAUUUUAGCAAUCUACCUCAUGAGCACUAUCCUCUUACUAUAACAUAUCGGAAGUUCUUGAUGAUGCUUGAUGGAACAUGCCGGACAUCAUUUUUGGAUGUGUUUUAUGGUGAACUGCAGUCUAGCAUUGAUAGAGGGCAUUCAAACUCCCGUGCACUGCAAACUUUUAUUGAAUCGAAGGAAGUUACCUAUGAGAAAUUUGCUGCUACCUAUUGGCCUCGUUUCAAUGCAGACCUGACCAAGAAUCUUGACGCAUCCACUGUCUUCACUGAAAUAGUUUCUCAUAUAAAGGGUAGAUAUCAAGCAAGCAGUCCUUAUAUCAGCAAGCUUGGAAGACAAGAUUAUGUGAUACUCUCAGAUAAAAGAUUUUCAUCUCUGAACAGUGAGAAGAGAGAUAGGAUUUACAAUAUUUUUGUUGAUUAUGAGAGUAUGAAAUCCACUGCCAGAGAGUUUGAUUUGUCAGAUUUUGUCAACAGCCUUCACACCAGUCUUGUAUCCGAGGGCUACAAUGGAGAUCUAUUGGACUUUGUUUACAUAGAUGAGGUGCAGGAUCUAACCAUGACACAAAUAGCACUUCUUAAGUACGUCUGCAGGAACUUCAAGGAAGGCUUCCUUUUUGCUGGUGACACCGCACAGACUAUAGCAAGGGGUAUCGAUUUCAGGUUUGAAGAUAUUCGUUCGCUUUUUUAUACCGCAUUUCUCUCAGAAACGGAAGCAUUUAAUCAAGGAAGUCAACAGGGAAAACAAGUCAAACUCUCUGAUAUGUUUCAACUUACUCAAAAUUUCCGCACACAUUGUGGCAUCCUUCACAUGGCACAAAGUAUCAUGAGCCUUUUGUACUUCUUUUUCCCGUCAAGUGUUGACAAGCUUAACCCAGAGACUGGACUUGUGUAUGGAGAAGCACCCGUGCUGCUGGAGUCUGAUAAUGAUGAAAAUGCAAUUAUGACUAUAUUUGGAGAAAUCAAAAGUAAGCAUGGUAGCAUGCAUGGGUUUGGUGCUGAGCAAGUCAUAUUAGUUCGUGAUGAUGCUACCAAAAAACAAAUUGUUGAUCUUGUUGGUAAACAGGCUCUUGUUUUGACCAUUGUUGAAUGUAAGGGCCUUGAGUUCCAGGAUGUGCUGUUGUACAACUUUUUCGGCUCGUCGCCCUUAAGAAACAAAUGGAGAGUUCUGUACGGCUACAUGAAAGAUAAAGAUAUUAUAGCACAAUCUGAAGAGAUCUCUCAUCCGGGUUUUGACAGAAGCAAGCAUCAUCUUCUCUGCUCAGAGUUGAAGCAACUCUAUGUUGCAAUCACACGCACUAGGCAAAGGCUGUGGAUAUGUGAGAAUACAGAUGAUUACUGUCGACCAAUGUUUGACUACUGGAAGAAGUUGUGUCUUGUAGAGGUUAGAUUACUUGAUUCUAACCUCGUUCAAGCAAUGCAGACAGGAAGCAGUGCUGAUGAUUGGAGGCUACGGGGAACAAAGUUAUUCAAUGAAGGGCAAUUUGAAAUGGCUACAAUGUGUUUUGAAAAAGCUGGUGAUACAUACAGAGAGAAGUGGGCAAGAGCUGCCGGACUUGUAGCUACUGCUGAACGUGCCAUGUCCUCAAAUUUGGAGAAGGGCAACGCUCAAUUGCAAACAGCAUCAGAAAUCUAUGAGUCCAUAGGCAUGCAUGAGAAAGCUGCUACCUGCUAUAUCAAAUUAGGUGACUACAAAAGAGCAGGUAUGAUCUAUAUGCAAAAAUGUGGUGCUUCCAGACUCGAGGAUGCCGGUGACUGUUUUGCCAUGACUGAAAGCUGGUCAGAUGCAGCUGAUGUGUACUUCAAAGCUAAAUGUUACACCAAAUGUUUCUUGAUGUGCUCGAAAGGAAAACAAUUAUUUAAUCUUGGCUUGCAGUUCCUGCAACAGUUGGAGGACCAUUUGGCUGAGAAUUCAAAAUCCUUGGAGGUUUCUGCAAUCAGAAAGACAUAUCUUGAAAAUUGUGCUCAACAUUAUUUUGUGUGCCGUGACAUAAAGCAUAUGAUCCAUUUUGUCAAGGCUUUCAGUUCUAUGGAUCAUGUGCGGGCAUUCUUAAAGUCUAGAAAUCUUGUUGAUGAACUGUUCAGUUUAGAGAUGGAAAAGGGUAAUUUCCUUGAGGCUGCAGGAAUGGCAAAGCAUAAAGGAGAUGUCCUGCUGGAGGUAGAUAUGCUCGAGAAGGCAGAUAUGUUUGAGGAUGCAACACGGCUUCUCCUACUCAAUAUCAUUGUAGAUUCCUUCUGGUCUUCAAACAGUCGAGGGUGGCCUCCCAAAAGAUACGCAGAGAAGGAAGGGUCGCUUGCAAGGGCCAAACAGAUGGCAAAGAAGGUCUCUGAGGGCUUCUACAGCUUUGCUUGCCUGGAAGCUGAUGCACUGUCAGAUAUGAAGAGGUCUCUUCCCAGUUUAAAUUGCACUUUGCUUGAUGGCAGAAAAUGUGAAAACUUGUUCGUUGAAUUUAUUGCUUCCCGUUUGAUUCUUGAUGUUCAUCUUCAGUCCCAAACCUCUGAAUAUAAUUUGGAAUUAGGACCAGGAUCUGAAGAUGACAGUAGUUGUAAUGAUAUGGUUGCUCGUAACCAGAUAUCACCCCAAACUCUAGCGUAUGCUUGGAAUCAUUGGAAGUCAAUCAUAAUCAAAGUACUAUCUCAUCUUCACCACACUGAUGGUCCAGAAUUAAAUGAUUAUGAAGUUUUGUAUGAAGAGCUUUGCUGUAAGUACUUUGGGUUGAGGAAAGAUGGCGAAGAUGGCCGAUAUGUCGUGCUUAACAUGAAUUCAAGUUGGCUCUCUAAUGCAGGCAGAAAUUCUUUGCAGCAAGAUGGCAACAGAUGUUGGCUGGAUGUCCUUCAGUGUCAUUCAUGUGCUCAGUCUUUCCUGAUGAAUGAGUUGUCUUCUGUUGGUUUGAGUGUACUUAAGAAGUUGGAGACCAUUGUUCAAAUUUAUCCAAAUCCGGCAUCUUCAUAUGCCCUGGUGAGAACUACCCUUAUCAUAAAAGAGAUAGCUAACUUUUUGGAAGAACCAGAGUUCAGUAUGCCGAAAAGUACCAUGAAGUUAAGAAGCUUCUCUGCUCUGUGCGAGCGCCGCUUCUUUGAGUUAGUUUUUCUUGUCUGGAGAGAUGGCGCAACGAGGAGCCUCUUGCGUAUACUUGACUCACCAGCUUCAUAUUGUUUGAUUGCUGAUUCCCUUGGUGCAAAUCUCCGGCCAAGAAAUAAAAAUUUGACUUACGGGCAUCUUGGGAGGACAACUGUGCUUCUGCUUCAUGCAGCACGAUUGGAUGAUGCACUCAUUUCAAGGCUGCUACAGUACCUCGACAAUGAUUCUGACUGGGCAAAGUUUUUCCGACAUUUGAAGAGAUUUCUUGAUACUGGUGUUGAUAGAUCCUACUUGAUCAAGAACUUUAGGACUGCUCUUAAUUCUACCUUCUAUGAUGUGACUUGGAGGAAUGAACUGGAUUACAUAUCCCCAAUAUGCUAUGUGGGUCUGAUGGAGUGCCUUGGUUUCUUGGCUUCAUCGUACCUUCUACAGAAAGGUUGUAUAUAUGGCACAAAAUCUCUGUUGCUCAAUAUGCUGGACUGCCGUACCAGCAAGGUUUACCUUGACAGCUGCCUGGUAUCUAAUUCGAGCCCAGAUCCCGAUCUUGAGGAGAUGACAUUCUUAUCAGGGCGUUUCAUAUUUGAUACAAUUAUGAGUAUCUUGAGAAACAAGAAUACGCUCCGGGAUUGGGUACAGAAGACUUCAACUCCUAGUUGUUCAUACACUGCAGUCCUGUUGAGACUAGUGGUUACACUUUAUCCACUGAUCCUAACUCAUGAUGGUCUGGGGAACUGCUAUGAGGCCACAAAUAUUCUUCUGAAGCAUGGAGUCUUUAAGGAUUUACCUGUGGAAUUCUCUCAGAAGAUUGUGCGUGUCCUGCAACUGCAAAUGAGGUCUCGCACCAGGGGCAACUUCAGAAGAGCACUUGCUGAUGCAGUUGCUGCAAUCGGAGAUCGUAUGGUAGUAAUGGGUCCACCCAAAGAUAUAGCAAGCUUUCAGAACAUAAAUGCUGAUAUGAUUAGCACAGAGGAUUUGGGUGAUGUUCAGAAGGUAAUGGCUAUUCUUCGUCCUGAAGAGGCAAGUUCUGUAAAGGAAGAGGCCGCACUGCUAGAAAAAUCUGAUGGUAAAAAAAACAUUCCUAAGGCUGUACCAGCCAAUAAGGUGGAGAGUACAAGUGAAAUAGAUUUAAGUGAUGAGAAUACUCCCUUCUGGGAUAAGUUUGGGGCUUUUCAAGCCAACAAGGAAGGCCAGAAAGAUGCAAGGGUUAUUAUCCAAUUCCUUAGAAGUGUUGUUCGAUGGAUGGAACAAGCAGGCUUUACAGGAAAGCUUGAUGCACAACUGUUGGAAGAUAUCAGGCGCAUCCGCAGUGAAUUUGAUGAAUGCAUUGCUGGGAUGGAGAAGACAGCUUGUCUGACUCUGGAGGAUCUAUACUCGAUAUGGGGAGAUGGUGAGAACAAACUGCAGACGGUCAUCAGCUUUGUGUCCUCCGCAAGGGCGUCCAUGGAAGAAGAUGACAGGAGGAAUGUCCAGCCGCAGACUGACAGAGCGGUUGAAUGGACCGGAUGUUCAGACAGUGAACCUGACACGGGAGGAAGCAACGAGGUGGAACCGUUGAAGGAGGAAGCAGUGGCCGCCGCCUCGACCUCGCAGAAGGCGGCGCAGAAGCACAAGGGCAAGAGGAAAUCCAAGAAAGGUAAAGGCCGUGGCAGGAAGUGAGCCGCUGUAGCUGUAGCCCGUGGUAUAGUCUCCCACCUGCAAACAAUCGCCUGCAUUGGAGAAACUCGUUUUGUACCAUGGCUGUAAAACCAACGUAUGGCAGGGGCUCGUUGUUGACUUGAUGGAUGCUAGUGGCUCUGCAUUUUGUUUUUGGGAA